CUGAGAGGAUCGGAUCGCAUGGAACUUGCCGGGACAUGGAGGAAGGUGAUGCCUUACAUGGCCAUGGUGUUUCUUCAGUUCGGCUUCGCCGGAAUGUUCCUCAUCUCCGUCGCGUCCCUGCGGCAGGGAAUGAGCCACUAUGUCCUUGUUGUCUACCGGAACGUAGUGGCAGCCAUUGUCAUGGCUCCAUUCGCGCUAUGGUUUGAGAGGAAAACAAGGCCUAAAAUGAGCCUACCGGUGUUCAUCAAGAUCCUUGCUUUGGGAUUACUCGAACCCGUGCUUGACCAAAACUUCAUCUACAUGGGAGUGAAUAGCACAUCAGCAAGCUUCUCCUCUGCGUUAACCAACAUAUUGCCAGCUCUAACUUUUGUAAAUGCCAUCAUACUCAGGAUGGAGAGGAUAGUGAUUAAGGAGCGACGAAGCCAGGCUAAGAUUGCAGGCACAGCCAUAACAGUCUGUGGUGCCUUGCUUAUGAUACUUUUCAAGGGCCCCAUCAUCAACUUCCCAUGGAGCAAGCACGCCAGCCACGCCGUAUCUGACAGCGGCGUCCACAACAGCGGACACUGGCUCAUGGGCACGUUCAUGAUCCUGUUAAGCUGCUUCUGCUGGUCUGCCUUCUUCAUACUCCAGUCAUAUACGUUGAGGAGUUACCCAUCUGAGCUCUCUUUAACCACUCUGAUAUGCGCAAUGGGCGCCACGGAGAGUGGCGCGGUCGCCCUAGUCAUGGAGCGUGACACCAAGGCUUGGUCCAUCGGGUUUGACAUGAGACUCUUCACGGCCAUAUACUCGGGAAUAAUGUGCUCUGGAGUAGCUUACUACGUGCAAGGGAUAGUGAUUAAGGACAGGGGCCCAGUGUUCGUGACUGCGUUUAGCCCGCUCUGCAUGAUUUUAGUGACUGUGCUAGGCUCCUUCAUUCUUUCUGAGGUCGUCACUUUAGGAAGGCUCAUUGGUGCGACAGUCAUUGUUGUUGGACUCUAUGCGCUCAUCUGGGGCAAGAACAAGGACCAUGUGAAGUCGCAAAACAGUUUUGACAAGCACGACACAUUUGAGCUGCCGUUCUCUACUUCUGCCGUUAACAAUACAACCGGUCCCGUCCUGGCAACAUCUAUUUAAGGCUCGUGUCCAUGUGACUUCCUGUAUCCCGCACCCAUCGAUUUAAGGCUAGCUAGCGGCCUAGCAUGUAAUCGCCAAAUUUCCAUUAAAAAAGAAUUCUAGGAUUUGCAU